CUCUCUCUCAUCGUCUCUUUCGCUAUCUCAUCGUCUCUUUCUCUCUCUUCCCUAGCUUGUAGCUAGCUAGUACGGCCACAAGCCACAAAAAUUGUAUAUAGCCUUCUCGUCCUCUCCAUUCUCCGGCUUGAUACCUCCAAUCCAUCCAUGGACUUGGUGCCAAAGCAAGAGCAGCACAAGGAGGAGGAAGAUAAGGAGGAGGCCAUGAUCUUGGCGGAGCAUGGAGACCAGGCCUUCGGCCACGCCGGCGGCGGCAGGCGCAGGAGCGAGAUCAAGGAGGUCGACUUCUUCUCCACCGGCGGCGCUCACCGUCGGAACGACGAUGACGGCAACGGUAGGGAUGGAAGAAGCCGAGAGGCAGGAGCACUAGGACGCGGUAAUACCACGGUCAACACUGCUCUUGACCUGCUGACCACGGCGGCGGCGACGCCGGUCAACGCCGGCGAGGGGGCGGCGGCCGGAGCAGCGAGUGAUCAUAAUAAACAGAUGGCUGUGGCGACGGUGGAGGGGGAGCUCCGGCAGGCCGGCGAGGAGAACCGGCGGCUGCGGCGGAUGCUGGACGACCUCACCCGCAGCCACAGCGCGCUGUACCAUCAGCUCAUCCAAGCCCAGCAGCACCAACAGGCCAGCGGCUCGGCGAACUCGAUGCUACCGGCGACAAUGCCGGCGGGAGUGCAAUUCAUGGACCCCCGCAUGGCCCCGGCGAUAAGAGCUGGGGCCCCGGCGUCGUUUGACGGCGAUAGGGGUGAUUCCGAUGGUGGCAGUGGCAGCGGCGGCGAAGCGGAUCAGAACAAGCAGGAUGGGACGGCGGGGACGCCUGAGCGCGGCGAGAAUGCCGCGGCGGAGGCGCCGCUGCGGAGAGCCAGGGUGUCGGUGCGUGCACGAUCGGAGGCCCCAAUGAUCAGCGAUGGUUGCCAAUGGAGGAAGUAUGGGCAGAAGAUGGCAAAGGGUAACCCAUGCCCCAGAGCUUACUACCGAUGCACAAUGGCCACAGGAUGUCCCGUCAGGAAGCAGGUGCAGCGGUGCGCGGAGGACAAGGCGGUGCUCAUCACCACGUACGAGGGCACCCACAACCACCAGCUCCCGCCGGCGGCCGCCGCGAUGGCCAAGACCACCUCCGCCGCGGCCGCCAUGCUCCUCUCGGGCCCGGCCGCCAGCCGCGACGCGCUCUUCGCCGGCCACCACGUUGCGGCCACGGCGCCGGCGCCGCUCUUCCAGUCGUACCCCUACGCGUCCGCCGCCAUGGGCGCCACGCUCUCCGCCUCCGCGCCGUUCCCGACCAUCACCCUCGACCUCACCCACUCGCCGCCGGCGUCCGCCGCGGGCCUGCACCUCCAGCACCGCCCGCCGGCCCUCCCCGCGAUGCCGUUCCCGAUGUACGGCUUCCCUGCUGCCGCGCACAGGCCGGCCGUGCCGUUGUUGCCGCAGCCGCCGACGGCGGUGUCGCUGGGGAUGAUGGAUGGCAGGAACCGGGCGGCGCUGGAGACGAUGACCGCCGCGAUCACCAGCGACCCCAACUUCACCACGGCGCUGGCGGCCGCCCUCUCCACGAUCAUGGGGGGAGGCGCUGAAGCAGCUCCCCGGGGUGGCGCCGGCGCUGACGCCGGAGAUGGUAAUAACGGUGGCAGCGGCACUGAGCCUCCCGCCACGGCCGCGGCAGCCGGAGCACGCGAGACUGCAUUGCAUGCACUUUUACAGCGGCUGCAUGACAGCCGGCAAUGACAUUGGAGAGCCAGCUUAUGUACGACCAUGUACAUAUAUACAACCAUGAUCCAUACACAUAUACGUCUGUACACGUACAUCGGUUUUGUACGUUACAUAUCCUAUUUUGUAGAGUUGUAAAUGGAUUAUAAAUGAGAUUUUUAUAGAGGCGAUAUGAUUUAAUUUUCAACGCCUUGUAUAUAUAUUUCUGUCACCUGAAGUUGAUUAGGUGCAACAACUGUGAGCACACGCUGA